GCCUGCCUCUGGAUUGGCCAGCACGCGGCGAGCGGGGCGUGUCCGACCCUUGAGCGUGGGGCGAGUCCAAGAUGGCGGCGUCUGAGGGGACUGGCCGGUACAGGAGCACCAUGAGCAAAAGCAAGGACCCCUCCGGCCUCCUCAUCUCCGUCAUCAGGACACUGUCCACUAGUGAUGAUGUUGAGGACAGAGAGACUGAGAAGGGUCGCCUGGAGGAGGCAUACGAGAAGUGUGAUCGUGAUUUGGAUGAACUGAUUGUUCAGCACUACACUGAACUCACUACUGCCAUCCGCACCUACCAGAGUAUCACAGAGCGCAUUACCAACUCGCGCAACAAGAUCAAGCAGGUGAAGGAGAAUCUGUUGUCCUGCAAGAUGCUUCUGCACUGCAAAUGGGAUGAGCUGCGCAAGCUGUGGAUUGAAGGCAUCGAACACAAGCAUGUCUUGAAUUUGCUGGAUGAGAUUGAGAAUAUCAAGCAAGUGCCCCAGAAGCUGCAGCAGUGCAUGGCCAGCAAGCACUACCUCACUGCCACGGAUAUGCUGGUUUCUGCAGUGGAUUCUCUAGAAGGCCCUCUCCUGCAGGUGGAGGGACUAAGUGAUCUGAGACUGGAGCUUCACAGUAAGAAGAUGAACAUGCACUUGGUCCUAAUAGAUGAAUUGCACCGCCAUCUAUACAUCAAAUCCACCAGUCGAGUUGGACAACGGAACAAGGAAAAAGGGAGAGUAAGUACGCUUGUGAAAGAUGCAUCUCCUGUGCCACUUCUUGAUGUGACUAACUUGUCCACCCCUCGCAAGUUUCUUGACUCGUCUCAGUUCAGUACUCCAGCAAACUCCAGUGUGAGAGAUGUCAGCCUGAUGGAAAUCAAAGAAGAUUUGGAGCUGGAUCCUGAAGAAAACAGCCCAGUCUUUAUGGGCAUCUUAAUCAAAGGCCUGGCCAAACUGAAGAAGAUUCCGGAGACUGUGAAGGCCAUCCAGCAUCGUCUAGAGCAGGAGCUGAAGCAAAUUGUUAAGCGAUCUACCACUCAGGUGGCAGAUAGUGUCUACCAGAGGGGAGAGAAUCUAAUCCAGGAAAACCAGCCCAGGUUGCUUCUGGAACUGCUUGAACUCCUCUUUGACAAAUUCAAUGCUGUAGCUGCUGCUCAUGCUCUUGUCCUGGGGCACCUUCAGCAGACUGUGGCUUCUCCCUCCAGUCAGUAUGAUGGUGAUAUCAAGUUGUAUGACAUGGCGGAUGUGUGGGUGAAAAUCCAGGAUGUCUUGCAGAUGCUGCUCACAGAGUAUUUGGAUAUGAAAAAUACACGGACUUCCUCAGAACCAUCAGCUCAACUUAGUUAUGCCAGUUCCGGAAGAGAAUUUGCAGCAUUCUUUGCAAAAAAGAAACCCCAGAGGCCUAAAACCUCUUUGUUCAAGUUUGAAUCAUCUUCUCAUGCCAUUAGUAUGAGUGCUUAUUUGCGGGAACAAAGGAGGGAGCUGUACAGCAGGAGUGGUGAACUCCAAGGAGGACCUGAUGACAAUUUGAUCGAAGGAGGUGGGACCAAGUUUGUCUGCAAGCCAGGAGCCCGAAAUAUUACCGUUAUCUUCCACCCGCUUCUGAGAUUUAUUCAAGAGAUUGAGCAUGCAUUGGGACUCAGCCCAAUGAAGCAGUGCCCACUCCGUGAGUUCCUCACCAUGUAUAUCAAGAACAUCUUCCUCAGUCAAGUCCUAGGAGAAAUCAACAAGGAAAUUGAAGGUGUCACCAAGAUAACUGACCCGCUGAAGAUCCUGGCCAAUGCAGACACCAUGAAGAUGCUGGGGGUUCAGAGGCCUCUCUUGCAGAGCACAGUCAUUGUGGAAAAAACAGUCCAGGACCUCAUGAAUCUGAUGCAUGACCUCAGUGCGUAUUCUGACCAGUUCCUCAACAUGGUCUGCGUCAAACUCCAGGAGUACAAGGACACCUGCACAGUAGCCUACAGGAGCAUUGUGCAGUCUGGUGAAAAGCUGGUUAUCAGUGCAUCCUGGGCAAAAGACGACGACAUCAGCAGACUCUUGAAGUCCCUUCCCAAUUGGAUCAACAUGGCUCAGCCCAAGCAGCUGAGACCAAAGAGGGAGGAAGAGGAGGACUUCAUAAGGACUGCCUUUUGCAAGGAAUCCGAAGUGCUCAUUGGGAACCUGGGGGACAAGCUGAUUCUCCAGCUAGAGAUCCUCCGUGAUGUCAGCGACCUGAAAGCCUUGGCCAACAUGCAUGAAAGUUUAGAAUGGCUCUCCAGCCGGAUGAAGGCAGCUUUCUCCAACCUCCCAGUGGCACAAAUGUCUCCUGGCCAAGAUGGUCAUGCCAACAUGGACCUUCCUCCAGUGUCGGAGCAGAUCAUGCAGACCCUCACUGAGCUCGCCAGGUCCUUCCAGGAGAUGGCUGACCGCUGCCUGCUGGUUCUGCACCUGGAAGCCAGGGUGCACUGCUUCCACUACUUGAUCCCCUUGGCUAAGCAAGGGAACUACGCCAUUGUUGCCAAUGUGGAAAGCAUGGACUAUGACCCCAACGUGGUGCGACUCAACAAGGACAUCAGUGCCAUCGAAGAAGCCAUGGGUGCCAGUCUCCAGCAACACAAGUUCCAGUAUAUUUUUGAAGGUCUAGGCCACUUGAUUUCCUGUAUCCUCAUAAAUGGGGCCCAGUACUUCAAGCGCAUCAGCGAGUCGGGCAUCAAGAAGAUGUGUAGAAACAUCUUCAUCCUUCAGCAGAACCUGACCAACAUCACCAUGUCCCGGGAGGCUGACCUGGACUUUGCAAGGCAAUACUACGAGAUGCUGUACAACACAGCAGAUGAGCUUCUGAACCUGGUGGUGGAUCAGGGAGUGAAAUACACGGAGCUGGAGUACAUCUAUGCCCUGAGCUUACUGCACCGCAGUCAGACAGGUGUUGGGGACCAAACCACCCAGAACAUGAGGCUGCAGCGCCUGAAAGAGAUCAUCUGUGAGCAGGCAGCUAUCAAGCAGGCCACCAAGGACAAGAAAAUCACCACGGUGUAAUUCACACCGUUCUGGUCCCUUUCAUGGGGAAAAGGGGGCUCUGCUGCUUCCAUGCAAGCCAGGGCAGUUGCACGCUUGACUGCAGCUGACAAGAAUUGCAUUAUGUUAUCGGAGGCGGGUGCAUUGUUGUAGUAGCAUAAGGGGAUGGUAGAUCUAUAGUCUAAUUCUUGGGUUUUGCACACUUUUCAUGAAAAGCUUAUCUGCUGUUUUUGGGUAGGGUAGGGGAGUGGAGACCAUUUCUGUGACAAGAGGGAAAUCCCAGAUGUUUGUCACCAGGAUGAAAUUGGAUGCACAUGAGUACCAAGCUGUUGCUGUGAAUUUAUUUUGGCGUUCUAAAGAGUUUCCUUAGCAUAGUGAGGUAGGGGGACAGAAAAAGAAGGAAUUCCCUGUUCAGUUUGAUCCGUACCGUGUUGAGAAGCACAGUGUUUAGAAAAAGUGAUGGACUGUAUUCUAGCCAAAGUUCAACUCUAGCUGUGAAAACUAGAGGAACUGGGAUCCCAAAAUUAUUUGUUCCAUGCAUAUAGGGUGGAUUAAGUGUCUUGAUAUUAUUGUGAUAUGCAGCUAUACAUUUUCAAGAUAAGCUGCUGAUGGAAUUUGUCCGCCAUCUUGAAUAAUAUUUGACUGGUUUAAAUAGAGAACGGAUUAAACUCAUGCCAGAAAGGGAAGAAGAGCAAGUAAGUGGCCAGAUACUGCAUUGGACAAUCACUUCGGAUUUAUUCAACAAACUUUUACUAAGUCGUAAUUUACCACCAGGUAACCACUUGGUGGGCUAGUUGUUCUAGCCAAAUAGUGAGGAGAAUUUAGCCACCCCAGUUUUGACAGCUUUUCAGUUACAAGAUUCUUUCACCACUUGGCAGGGACAAUGCAGAUGGCCAGGUUACCAUGUGAUGAAAUGCUCACCCUGGUAAAUUACCUCUGAGAUGGUGUUUUUCUAUAUUCAUCAUGUGUUCCAAUUAUUUUUUCUGCCAGUCCAGAACUCCACAAAGGUAGUUGUUUCUCAGAAAUUAGUGGGUGGAUGUGCAGGAAUUAGCCACCUACAAGGGACUGGGGUUUUCUCUAGAGCUUUGUCUCUCCAACUUGAAUAUGGAAUUUGAGUCUUUACAACCAGCUUUAACAGCCUAGAACCUGAAAGCACCAGUUGGCAUGAUAGUUCUCGCACAGCACACCGGAUCCAUGCAGGUCCAACAGGGAUGGUUGUGGGCAAAGGGCAAGAUGUGCAGCUUGCUCGGCAAACUCACAGCUGCUGUUGCAGGGAUGUCCAUGCGACAAGAAAUCAGCCUUCUCCAAGGAUGGCCCCCCUCCCAGGCUUCAGACUGAGUAAGCAGGGCCAAAGCUAGAGAGUGUGGAUGGCUUCUUGGUUAACGUUGUCUGAAAGACCUGUAGCCUCUCAGUGCACUUGGCUAAGAAGCAGCUGUAUAGGCUAAAGUAGCCCACGCUGUGGCCAGAUACCAAGAAGCGGUUCACUAGAGAUCACUUAGCAUGUGGCUACAGGCAGCCCAGAUCUAUAUCCAACAAUGUCACCUUCUGGCCAGUGCAGGGAAGACUUGGGUCAACCAUGUCCACAGCUCAGGGGUUCCCAGGCUUGGCUCCCCAGAUGAUGUUGGACUGCCAUUCCCAAUGGUUGAGAGUUGAGCAACAUCUGGGGCCCCAAGGCUGGGAAUCCCUGCCAUAGACAGAGGCGGGGCUGUUUCAUUGCCUCCCCCCAUGUUCAUCCUGAGGCACGAGCUGCUUCCUCAGAGUGACUCUGCAGAGGAUCCUCCAAGAAGACACACAGGCUUCUGCAGCUUGGUGCUGAGGGGCAAAAGGCAGAGAGCCCAAUUUAGCGAGGCAGCUCUCUGAGGGGCCCAAGGAAAGGAAGCCCUCCAGCAUCUGUCCAUUGUUGGUGUCUGUGGCAAACAUGGUAGCAUACAAAGGGGAAGCUUGUGCUUCCUGAAACCAUCUUGUCCCCUCCAUGCACAAGGGAACUAAUUAGUGAACAAACUUGCCUUUUUCUUCACACGUGAAACAGCCCCAGGGUUCUGUUCCAUCCAGUAAAACAGCUGUCCUCCAUCUACAGUUCAGAAUGGAAACCACCAUCUCCAGUGUGUUUCUGUGUCCCCUUUUCCUUAGCUGCUGAGUUUGCUUUCCUCUUGGGUUCAACUGGAAAAAUAAAGGAUGAUUUUGGAACCCUUA